GAGAUUUUUUUUAAAAAAAAAUAAAACUAAUGCAAUAGCUCUUUUUGGCAAAUAAUUCAAAAAUGUGUUUUUCACAAACAUUCCAAAAUCAUUUCCUCUUUAUGAAAAUUUAAAAAUCUCUCUGCAAUACACAGCAUGUCUCAUGCAUACAGAUAUACAUACACACAUACUUAAGUAAAUUCAAAACCAUAACCCAACCACAAUCAUAUUUCUAAUUAGAUAUCGCAAGUCUAUAGCUGUGCAAAAUUCACGUCAUUCCAGCUUUGAAGAAGCAAAAUCUGCACCUCAGUUUGGUAAUUCGAUGUCGAAGGUAACAGCCCAGAUCACAAGCUCAACCACAGUCGAGCAAAGCCCCCGCGGCGAUGGACUUGUAACCACAGCACGUUGCUUCACGCGUAAUGGGCACCAAUUCAUUACGAAAUCCUUAACACCGAUUUCGAAGUUUCAACUGCAAGAGAUGAAAAUUCUUGCAGGCACUUUCUGUAGCUGUGAUAUGAACACAAGCCUGUGGAAACGUCCCUUCGCAGCUCACCGAACCUCUCGAAUCUAAACCACUUUAGUACACACCCCGAAGAAUCUGAUGAAGGAGAAUAUGACGAAGAAGAAGAAGUAGAAGCCCAUAUCGUCGAUCCAUUCUUGUCGGUAUGAAUCCCUGCACUCAGUUGUCGUGUUUUAUUCAUCGAGCAUACUUCAGAGUGUUGACGAAUCCGAGUGCUCCCAAACUCUCGCGUGAGCAACGAAAGCUGCUGCGUCUGGACUGCUAUGAGAAGUUCGCGGAUGUGCACAGUGUGCUUGCAGGGCUAGUGGGCGUUCCGAGGCAUCGCAUCUCUUCUACAGUGAUAGGGCUGAGUCUCCGAGCGCUGAGUGUUGGUCGACAGCAUGACAAGGUUCAUGCAGUGUGUGAAUGCCGAAUCCGAUCAGUGCCUCGGGGAUCUAGAUCCAAGUUGCGAAUCACUGCGGAGACUCAUGCUUGUGUCAGGUUGCUCACAACAAGGGCUGUGUCGGCACCGACACAGUCGACCCGAGAAAACUCACCAGAGUAUCUGAUGCAACCAGAGGUGCGCAAGAUGCUCAACGGCGACGGCUGCAACCCCAAACCGGUGCGCACCUGGCGUAAAUGCCCCCUAAUCCAAGCAUCUCGCAGAUCCGAGUUCAGACCCCUACCCGACGGUGCGGUCCCGGAGAUCCGCCCCAUGCCGAAGAACGUAAGGGAGUCGCUCAACGGCUGCAUGACCUUCCAGUCGCAGCAGAUCGCAAGGUACAACGAGUUGCUGCGGCGCGAUGGGAAGUUGGUGAGCGGGGUGGACAAGGUGGCGGCGGGGGAGCAAACCAAGUCCGGGCGAUUGUACCACAAGUUCGACAGCCUGUGCGCGCUGGCGACGUCUAAGUCAGCAAGGUUGCUGCUCGUGCAGCACAAGGAGCUCCACCACAUCUUUUACGCGAUCCGGUAUGACCCUGUUCACGCACUGUACAACGAGCUGCUGAAUAUAUACGAGCAGCGCUGGAAUGUAUGCUCCAGCACGUAUGGCAAGCUCGACGGAAACAGAGAAUCAAGACAAACCCAUAGAAGUUUUGAUAAAUCAGUGUUCACGAAUCCGGAUCCAUCUCAAUAA